CGCCUCUCAAAAUCUUUCCAAUUCAUUUUGCACUCAAAUUACUGUGCGAAUGAAUCAAUUCCUUCCUAUUACAUGGAAUUCAAACAGAAUUUGAAUACAGCUAAUAUUGAAAAUUUGCAAGAAGAUUACAUGGAUAAUGAGAAGUUUCGUUUCAACGUGCAGUUGGCUGUUUGUUCACAUCGAAUGGCUCAAGCAGAGUUGGACGAGGUCGCCGAUCAAUUCUCAAAUUCUCCACAUUUUUCCAGCAACUAUCCUCCAAAAAUUUUCCAAUUCAAAUUACUAAUUCUCAAAUUACUAAUCUUUCAGCAUUUAAGUCUUCCGUCGCGAAAAAUUCUUUGCAAAGAAAUUAUGUGGGAAAGUAAAUUGAGUGUACUGUUACCCACCCAAAUGGUGAAACUUUUCCUGAAAUGGUCUCACGAAAUGAAACUACAAAUGGAAUCCAGACUUUGGUCGAUGCCUCAAGAGCAGAUCGAUUGCUUGCAUAACUGCUUGAGAUGCAUCUCGUCCAAUCAAGAAACCUAUGUGAAUUCUCUGGAAUUUUUGGAGAGUUAUGCGGGUCCUUCUUUCCGUCCAUCAAUCGAGAAAUUUCGAGUGGCUUUCGGCGCCGUUCCGACCAAUUUACACGUUCAACAAUUCAGCGUUGAGAAUCACGUGCAUUCCUACAUCACCGUUGGGACAGCCAGUGCCAUUCCGCUGAGAUUUCACGGUGGUUUAUCGCUGGAUCAUAUUCUUGAUUCGCGAUUCUUCCAUCGAAGACGCGUUCUGCUCGACGCCAAAGCAACGAUCGGUGCGUUGAGCCGACGGAUUGAAACCGACUGGCAUAUCGCUAGUUUCGGUAGUAUCGAUAAAACUGGAGUGCAGUUACUGGCUGACAUCAAACAGGUGAUUUUACACGAAAAUCUGAUCGAUUUGAUAAGUUCUUUUCCGGGUGUAGGCAUUCUGGUCGAUUUGUUAUGUGAAUGGGGACGUUUACAGACAGCACACGGGCGAAUUAUUGAUAAGGUAUCAAGUUGUAAUUUGUUCGUCUUGUACAGCAUUUUAAUUUCAUAG